CCCAAGGAACAUAAAUUGAGGGCUUCAUAAGCACUUUGUUUUCCUUUUUCUGCUCAAUCCUCAUCCGAAGAGGACAUAGCUGAUCUCACAGGCGCCUGCUCAUCCCUUAAUUCUUUGGCCAUUGUUGCCUUCACUACAGAUACUCAACAAAUUCAAAGCUACCAGCCACCGCGUUCAUCGAACUAUACAUUGCAUGAAAAAUGGCAAAGAUAUUUGUCGUCCUUUUAAGCACUCUUGUGGUUUUAUAUACCUGUUCUGCACGAUCUAGUUUGAUUACUUUAAUUCGACGAGGCAUACAAGGGGAUAUCUCGUUCUACCUCGGCAGCAUGGACGCCAUCACGACCGAUUUGAUGAAGAAUAAAGAACCCAAAGAGGAGUGUGUGUUUUACGUCGGUAGCCGUGAUUCCGACCGAGAGAAAAACGCAGCUAUUGCGUUUGCAGAGAUGCGCAAUGAACAACUUGCUGCUACUGGCGGCAGGGCUACUGCCAACACAGUCUAUGAUGCGUUCGACAUGGAUCUUGCCUUUGCAGGGACUUUGAUGAGUGCAGCUAGAGCCAGUGGUAAUGAACAAAAUUACUUUCGAGUCACCUCGGGAGCAUAUGCUAGACUCUGUCGGGGUACUGUCUGGGUAAUUGUUGGGAAGGGCGAAAUUAACCCAGACUCCAUUUGGCUCACCGACGAAUACCCCCAACUGAUUCGACCCGGCUCCGGUGUUACGGCAAUAUUCGAGAUCGACCCAGCCGAGGUUGAAGCUGCCAGAGCUCUAAACGAUCCGCAUCGUGACUUACACCCUACUCCUUACAGGGGUGGUCUGCCACCCGGAACUCGGCCACCUCGAAGUAUUGGCCCCAUUAGUUAUGACAAAAAGAAUGAGGCUAGGAUUCAAUCAAAGAUUGACCAGUUUCGCCGAUACCCAAAUGUUUCCAACGGUCACCUUCCACCAAAGGUAUCUGCCUCUCCUCAAUGCAAUAUGAAAGAGAGUAGUCAAGUACCGUACAAUAUCUUCGAUGGCGUGUUCGACAAGUUUUGCAAGAACACGUUGAAGAACCCUCUCAAUGGUCUCACUGAAAUCGUAGACAGUCGCGGUUUCGUCGUUCGACCGAGGAAAAGAAGCCUUCUCAAACGAACUCCUCCACCCAAUCCUGAUGCUUACAUGGAUUACAGGUUUGGUCUCAGUUGGUCGGGAGGAAAAGGAACUUGCUCUUUAUCGUGCGUCGAAGCUUUCAAGGCGGGAAGCACCUCACCCUGCGGCCACACUGCCGGCGAGCAGAAUCUCAUGACCAAUUCUGGAACUGUUGAAGCCGGAUGUGGUCAAUACAAGUGGACAGUCAUCAAGACUCUUGGUACCGAUCCUACGCCUGCUCCACCUAAAGUGUCAGCUGUAAUGUGCAACCCAGCCGAUAAGUUUGGGAAGCAUCGGGAUAUAAGUCCAGAUUUGCAAAAACAGUACAGCAAUGUUGCCUGUGUUGAUUCCGCUCGCAAGGAUGUCAAACCGGGAGGUCCUGAAGUUAGCUUCAAGACAGUCACCAACGGAACACCCUACAAUUACAAAAUUUCCUGGCUCCCUGCUUGCAAAAGUACUGUCUCCGAGAUGAACGUCCACAAACCACUUCCCAACGAUGACAAAAAUACCUGCACAAAUCUUCUUCGAAAAACGUUCACUGACUGUAAGAACGGAGGCGUUGGAGGAUCGAUAGACGUUGGUUGUGUUCGAUACGAAUUUCAUCCCUAGUUCUGAUUUGACCUUGCAGAAUUUAGUCACGCGAACUGCAGGAUGUUCCUUUCAAUCUUAAACUUUGUCUUCUUUCUUGCUUAUUUGAAACAAAAAGAGGAAACACACACGUGACUGCGUUCUACCAAAUAUUUAUGGACUUGUUAUUUGAUUUCGUCUACGCACAUUCUAUCAGAUUGGUUUUGGCUAAACAUCAUUUAACUGAAACAAUGGUUCUAAGCUAUUUGAUCCGUUGA